AUGGCAUCCGCUCCCCAGAGCUUCUACGAGCUAUAUCGCCGUAGCAGUGUCGGCACUGCCUUGACAGACACUCUGGAUGAUCUGAUCACCGAGCACCGCAUCGAUCCCCAGCUCGCCAUGAAGAUCCUGGCCAACUUCGACCGCGCGAUCGCAGAGGUCUUGCAGGAAAAGGUCCGCGCGCGUCUGUCAUUCAAGGGAAGCCUCGAUACAUACCGUUUCUGCGAUGAAGUCUGGACCUUUCAAUUAAAGAACGUCACCUUCAAGAUGGAAAAUGGCGGACAGGUCGUGUCGGCUGAUAAGAUCAAGAUCGUAUCGUGCACUGCGAAGCCACAGGGAACCUGA